CUUUUGAGAAGCAUCGUUGGAAACCAUCAUUGUCAACUAUCUGAUUGCAAUGGACAAAGAUUGGCUAACAUUUUCGAGACCAUCAACAGAAUACAGAGAGGGUGCACAAAAGUUUGUACAAGUUGCUAAAGAAUAUGGAGGAAAUCGAGAUAAGAUCAUUUGCCCGUGUAUAAUAUGUCAAAACCAAUGUUUUCAACUACCUGCGAUUGUGUAUGAACACUUGGUUAUAAAUGGAAUAAAUCCUUCAUAUACUACUUGGGUGUUCCAUGGUGAACAAGAACCUAUUCUUCAACAACAUGACUAUGCCAACGUGACAGAAACAUAUCAGAUGUAUAGGGAUGUCUUGGCUGAAGAUGAUGGAACUGGAAAAGCAAACUUGCUAAUUGGAGAUGAGAAUUUCAAACAAAAGGUUGAAGAAGCUGAAGCUUCUUUAUAUGAAGGUUGUACGAAAUACACAAAGUUGUCAGCAACUGUAGUUUUAUACAAGAUUAAAGCUUCAAAUGGUGCAACAGAUAAGCUUUUUGACGAGCUCCUCCAAGCCUUAAAGGACAUGUUUCCGGAAGGUAAUACACUUCCAAAUUCAAUGAAUUCGACAAAGAAGUUACUUAAGGUGUUUGAUUUAGGGUUCGAGAAAAUAGAUGCAUGUGUAAAUGAUUGCUGCUUAUUUUGGAAAGACUUUGAACAACUUGAGACGUGUCCAAAGUGUGGUUCUUCACGUUGGCAGGUUGGUAAACGUAAUAAUCACAUUUACAAAGGAGUUUCUGCAAAGGUGUUGCGCUACUUUCCUAUUAUACCAAGAUUUAAGCGAAUGUUUAAGGAUGAUGACAUGGCCAAAGACUUAACAUGGCAUCAUACUAACAAAAGUCAGGAUGGUAAGAUGCGACAUCCAGUUGAUUCGCCAACAUGGGAGUCUAUUGACACUAGAUAUCCUGAUUUUGCCUCAGAUCCACGAAACUUGAGACUUGGUAAACCCAUUCCGCCAGAUAAGCUCUAGAUAUAGUUGUUGGCCAGUUAUAUUAGUUACAUACAAUCUUCCUCCAUGGUUAGCCAUGUCGAAAGAGAAUUUGAUGUUGACGUUAAUAAUUCCUGGGAAGAAACAACCCGGAAAUGAUAUUGAUGUUUACUUGCAACCACUCAUAGAAGAUUUAUGUGUGUUAUGGAAUGAAGGAGUGGGUGUAUUUGAUGCAACUACAAAUUCUACUUUCAAUUUGAGGGCUAUUUUGAUGUGGACAAUCAGUGAUUAUCCCGCUUAUGGUAACUUGGCUGGAUGUUUUACAAAGGGCAGGUUUGCUUGUGUGGCAUGUGGUGCUAACA